UUCAACAGCAAACAGCAACCGCAGUCGCGGCAUAACUUGUGAAUUGAUAAAUUGCGAUUGGAAAAUUUUAAAAUAUUAAAUUAAUAUUAACAACUAAUAAUUAUUAUAAGUGACAAUUAAAAAAGUAUUUAUUUAUAAACAAAUAUUCCAUAACAAUUAUUAUAUUAAGAUUAUCAUAUUGUCUGUGAAAAAAUUUCGAAAUGGAUCCUUUCACGCAGCGUAUGCUUGAAAAGGCAGAACAGCGUAGCCGUGCUCUGGGAAUUAGUAAUGCAGAUGUUAGUAAAUUCCCUGUAUGCGAUAAAGAGGCUUCCUCAAAUUUUAAUGCAUUAAGUGGCGCUUGUGCAACAACAAUGGCGAUGGCGUCACAACAACAACAACAACAAAAGCCGAUGCACACAAUUGUGUCGGCUGACGGCAGUGGUGCAAACAAAAAUAGAUUGAAUGUAAUAGAAAAGAAUAAUAAGGAUAAAAAUAUUAAUCCAGCAUCUCCUCAAAAAAUUCUAAGACAAUUCUCUGCUGUGGACAAAGAAAAUAUGGAUUUGGGUAUAGAAAUUAAUAUUGUUACUGAUAAAAAUGUCGAGGUACAGGUUCAAGUUGAAGAACAGGAUUGUAGUAGUGAUGAAGAACGUAAAGAAGUUAAAUAUGCAGUUACAGAGCAAAAACAAGAUCAGCCAAGUGCUAAAAUACGUGAUACUUCCAGAAAUCGUUUACAACGUUUAGGGGCUUUGUACUCGAAUACAGAUGACUUAUCCUCUCCAAUUCAUCGCACAGAAGGUAAAUUCCAUGCCGAAGGCAAUGAGGACAGUGUAGAUUCACAAUUACGCAAGCCUAAUCAGCGCUUAGGCAAAUUAGCUGCUCUAGCUAAUACCAUCAAUCAAUGGGAAGAUGACACAUCACAUCAUGGCACAACAACUCAACCUCCACCAAAACCUGAACUACCAAGUAGAGGCAGAGUAGCUAUUGAGACACAAAAUAAAACAACAGUUUCGCAGCCGGAAGAUCAAAAAUCAAAUUCUAAUGAAAACAAUAAAAUUAAACAGUUGAAAUGGGAUCCUAAAGUAAUAAAUUCAUUGGAAGCUCAAGGCUUUCAAAGAAGAGAAUCUUCUACAGUAAAAGUUUCAUAUGAAUUUGCUGAAUCUAAAGAUUCUGCUCGAGAGUCUGCUUGCACAACUACCGAUAAACCGAAAGAAGAUAUAAGUGAAGAAAAGCGUGUUGUGGGCAAAUUAAAUGCAAAUAAAUUUGCCUCUAUGGCCACUAAUGCUGCAGCCGAAAAGAAAGUUCAACAAAAUGAGAAAAAACUGCUAAAUGUUAAACCUGGUUUGGUGUCAGGACGUGCAGCUAUAUUUGAAUCUCAAGUUCAAAACAAUCAGUUACAACAACAAAAGCCACAAAAAGACCCGACGGAGUUAUCGUUGAAAGAGCGUAUGAAAUUGUUUGAAAAAAACAAAGGUGAGGCUUUAGUGCCAAAAGCAGCUUUUGGCAUGGCUCCACCAAUAAGUAAAAUUAUUCAAGACACAAAUCACAAAAAGGAUGAACUAACAAAAGCAAAGCCAACUGUGCAUUCAAGAGCGGAAGAUACAAAAAAUGCUACAACCCCAGUACCCGUUGUAAAGACUUUUGUCGAUAGUAAAGUACGUGACAAAGUGACUGCCCUGGUCAAUGCUACUACAGGAAGUACAAUCAAAGACGACAUUAAAAAACAACGCGAGGAAGAUUUGCAGUUGAUUGCCAAUCGUUUUAACAAACAAAAAGAUUUCCUUAACCAACAGCAGCAAUUUCCUACACCAACUAACAAAAGUAUGCCAACUCCUCCACCACCUCCGCCACCAAUGUCAACAAAUACAACGAACAUCACAGCAAAAAGAAGAUCUCCUGGCGAUGUAAUUGACGAAGAUAAUAAACGUCCCCGCAAGUCGAAUCAGGGUACACAACAGCGCUUGUAUCCAGUCUUGCCCAGUUUUGAAUCGAAUGAGUCCUGUGAGUCAGACAAUGAAAAUAAUUGCUGUACCACAGCAUCGGUUUCCGCACAAAGCACUGCAGAUGAAAUGCAGGCGUCAACUCAACCAUUACGUGGCCACAAUAAUGAUCAAUAUCAUCAAAGAUCGGACGAUGAAAAUGAAGACAGUUAUAUGGAAUCAGACGCCGAGGACAGCAGUGUUGGUUUAUGCAAUGGUAGUUUGGGACGUGAAAUAAUGCAAGUUGUUGAAAGUAAUGAUAAGCAAGUGAACAGCAAAGUUAAGGAAGUACGUUAUGCCGAAAAGGACCAUUAUUUUGAUGAUCACAUUCGUGAUGCAUCUAUUAACUCCUCCGAUGCUUCAAUGGGGGUAGAUGACUACUUGGAUGAGGCUUUGGAUGAUAAUGUAGACGAGGAAGAUGAAGAUGAUUCCAGCCAAUUAUCUAGAGAUAGCAAGGGUACAACCGCAUCAAAUAGUUUUAGUUUUCGAAAGGUUAGUACUGAAACGGAUUAUAAAAAUACACAAGAUGGAGCAGCUAUAUCAACAACCACAACAACAACAAACAAUGCAUCCUACAUGCAACCAGUCAAAUCAGAGUUGAGUGUGAAUAAAGAAAGUGAUAAUGUUGUUACUCUCGUUCAUACUGUAAGUUUUUAUCGAAGACAACAAAGUGCAAAUAGUGCUAAUUCUACUCCCAUACGUAAAAUAUGUCGUGAACAGCAAGUUCUACGCUCAGCAAUGGAAAAAUUGGACGCAAAAGCAGCUGCUACUGGAACUUCUUUACAUUUUGAACCAGACACCGAAGAGACUGAUGAGGAUACUCAAUCCGAUUCUGAAGUAGAUGAUGCAAAUAUGGUUCAAGAUAAAAUUAAAAAACUACUAGAAGAAGUAUGUAAACAGCAACAGGUUAUUGCUCAAACCAGUCAAGCCUUGAAUUUAUGUGCAGCCACUAUAGAGUUUUCAGGAUCGACAGAAUCAGUAGAGGGAGAAAGACAUCUCUUGGUAGCAACUCAUCGUAGACAAGCCUGCUUGGAUGAAGUUCAGCGUUUACGUGUUGAAAAAACUCUACGCCCUGUAGGAGCACCUCGUGAAAAGGGUCGUUUGACUGUCAAAGAAAUUACUAUUCCUUUAAGACAGGAUUAUAUACGAAAAUUAUCAUUGGACACAAUCUCCGGCCACCACUUGGUUUGUCUAAUCAAAUACAAUGAACAUGUUUUAGCCACAAAAACAGUUCCCACUUUACCCGGUCUAUUGGCUGUCAAGUUUCCUGAUGUUUUGCAAUUAAAUAAUGUUUAUGCUGAUUUCAAAGUGACUUUGGAAAUUUAUGGCAUGACAGCACAAAGAGAGGUAUUGCCACAUGAGGUCAAAUAUCACAUAAAUUGCAAUAAGAAGUCGGGCUUAAAGACACCCAAAAAGAAAGCAUCUGAAAAUCGCUUAGUAAUGCCGCCCGUGCAGAGUCCAGCGGGACCUCACGCUGUGCGUACACCAGCAUUGGUGCAAUAUGGUUUUGCUAUAUUUUCUCUACGGGAGAUUCAACGUACAUCAUGGACUUUGACACAAGUUUUAGGUGUUAGCCCCCUGGAAGGUGUAGUUCAUAUGAAAGUGAACUGUGAGCUUUCGGUAUCUGUAGAGUACAAGGGUUUUCUAACCAUGUUUGAGGACAUUUCUGGCUUCGGUGCUUGGCAUAGGCGUUGGUGCCAUUUAAACGGUACCAUGCUUAACUAUUGGAAAUAUCCCGAUGAUGAAAAGAAAAAGGCACCCAUGGGUUCAAUUGACCUCUACACGUGUUCUUCUCUAAAAGUCAAUAUAGCACCCAGAGAUAUUUGUGCCAGACUAAAUACAAUGCUGCUCGAAUGCCAAAGACCAGCUAAGGAUACAGAUCAAGAAUCCUUAAUCAUUGUACCCAAUGGACGUACAACUACUGUACGUUACUUAUUGUCGGCUGAUACGAAGGAAGAACGUGAAGAGUGGUGUGCAUAUUUCAAUAAAACCUUGACAUUGUUACGCGCCUGGGGUCCUCCGCAAUAAAAAUAAUCUCUCAGUAUUUACUAAUCCGUUUAUUGAUGUUAAGAAUUUUUAAUAAUUACGGUAUCGUUUUAUAUUUCUGUAUGUUUGUAUUUUUUUCGUUUUUUUUUUUUAAAUAUGUAUCUUUUUUUAUCUUGCACCAAUGCAUGAUAAUUUAAAUUCAAUGAUAUUUUAAAUAUCAUAUUCGAUUCUUAAAUCUAAAUCGUUUUACAUUAAGUUAAUUUAACAAGUUUCAAUUUUUUUUAUGCUGCUUUCGUCAACAUACUUACAAAGAUAUAAAACAAACAGAUUUGGUGGUUUGGAUUGGAGCUUCAUUUUAUAUUUUUUAUAUUUAUUUUAAAGUGAAAAUUCAAAUAUUCGUAUAAAUAUAUAAAUUUGUUAAUAUUAAUUAAUUGUAAA